GACCCUCGGGCGGCAGGACGGGCGGACGGACGGACAGGGCCGGGGCCGGGCCCUCCGCCGCCGCGGCCACCGCCAUGAUGAACCCCGAGAAGGACUUCUCGCCGCUCCCCCCCAACGUGGUCCGCGCCCUCAAUGACAAGCUGUACGAGAAGAGGAAGGUGGCGGCGCUCGAGAUCGAAAAGCUGGUGAGAGAGUUUGUGGCCCAGAGCAACACGGUGCAGAUCAAGCAUGUAAUCCAGAUCCUGUCGCAGGAGUUCGCCCUGUCUCAGCAUCCCCACAGCCGGAAAGGAGGCCUCAUUGGGCUCGCAGCUUGCUCCAUCGCCCUGGGCAAGGACUCCGGGCUCUAUCUGAAGGAGCUGAUUGAGCCGGUGUUGACGUGCUUCAAUGAUGCGGACAGCAGGCUCCGCUACUACGCCUGUGAGGCCCUUUACAACAUCGUCAAGGUGGCCCGGGGCUCUGUUCUGCCCCAUUUCAACGUGCUCUUCGACGGACUGAGCAAGCUGGCUGCGGAUCCGGAUCCCAAUGUCAAAAGUGGUUCUGAGCUUUUGGACCGACUCUUAAAGGACAUUGUGACUGAAAGCAACAAGUUCGACCUGGUGGGCUUCAUCCCUCUGCUGCGUGAGAGGAUUUACUCCAACAACCAGUACGCUCGGCAGUUCAUCAUCUCUUGGAUCCUGGUUCUGGAAUCCGUGCCAGACAUUAAUCUGCUGGAUUACCUGCCGGAGAUACUGGACGGCCUCUUCCAGAUCCUGGGCGACAACAGCAAAGAGAUCCGGAAACUGUGUGAAAUGUCUCUUGGAGAAUUCCUGAAGGAGAUUAAAAAAAAUCCCUCCAGUGUCAAGUUUGCUGAAAUGGCCAACAUCCUGGUGAUCCACUGUCAGGCUCCAGAUGAUCUGAUCCAGCUGACAGCCAUGUGCUGGAUGAGGGAGUUCAUUCAGCUGGCCGGCCGGGUGAUGCUGCCCUACUCCUCGGGAAUCCUGACAGCCGUCCUGCCCUGCCUGGCGUACGACGACCGGAAGAAGAGCAUCAAGGAGGUGGCCAACGUGUGCAACCAGAGCCUGAUGAAGCUGGUCACUCCCGAAGACGACGAACCGGAUGAGCCAAAGCCAGUGGCCCCGGGGCAGAUGGGGUCCAACACGGAUGAGUCCCUGGUCAAGCAGGAGGUGAUGACCAAUGGGUGUCUGGAUCCUUCCUGUGAUUCCAGCUUCAGCAGUAGCCUCAGUGCCUUCACUCCAGGCAGUGCUGAAAGAGUCCCAGUGACUCUGAAUUUCGAUGGGAUUGUGCAGGUGCUGGACUGCCACCUCCGGGACGCGGCCAUUGGAAUGAUGACUAGGAUCGCCGUCCUGAAGUGGCUGUACCACUUGUACAUCAAGACGCCUCGGAAGAUGUUCCGGCAUACAGACAGCCUCUUCCCCAUCCUGCUGCGGACACUGUCGGACGAGUCGGACGAGGUUAUCCUGAAGGAUCUGGAAGUUUUAGCAGAAAUCGCUUCCUCCCCUGCCGGUCAGACAGAAGGCCAUAGCUCUUGCGACAGCCCCGACCUGCGAGUCAGUCAAUCAGAGCUGCAAGUGCCUGCCCCCAACAAGAGCGGUCUCCUGAGUCCCCUUGGUCCCAAAGGUUUGGAAUGCUCUCCUUACGCCCCCACCAUGAAUUCCUACUUCUACAAGUUCAUGAUUAACCUGCUCAAGCGGUUCAGCGGUGAGCGAAAACUUCUGGAGAUACGGGGAGCCUUCAUCAUCAGGCAGCUCUGUCUGCUGCUGAACGCGGAGAACAUUUUCCACUCCAUGGCGGACAUCCUCCUGCGAGAAGAAGACCUCAAGUUUGCCUCAACCAUGGUUCACACCCUCAAUACUAUCCUCCUAACCUCUACUGAACUCUUCCAGCUGAGAAAUCAGCUCAAGGACUUAAAAACUCAGGAGAGCCGGAACCUGUUCUGCUGCCUCUACCGCUCCUGGUGCCACAACCCUGUCACCACGGUGUCCCUCUGCUUCCUCACUCAGAAUUACCGGCACGCCUACGACCUCAUCCAGAAAUUCGGGGAUCUAGAAGUCACUGUGGAUUUCCUCAUUGAAGUAGACAAGCUGGUGCAGCUGAUCGAGUGUCCGAUUUUCACAUACCUCCGCCUGCAGCUGCUGGACGUGAAGAACAACCCCUACCUGAUCAAAGCCCUGUAUGGGCUGCUCAUGCUGCUCCCCCAGAGCAGCGCCUUCCAGCUCCUCUCCCACCGGCUGCAGUGUGUGCCCAACCCAGAGCUUCUGCAGACCCAGGAGGAUGCGCAGGCUGCCCCAGCCUCCCGCCAGGCGGACCCCCCCAGCAUCGACUACGUGGAGCUGCUACGGCACUUUGAGAAAGUCCAGAACAAGCACCUGGAAGUGAGGCACCAGCGGAGCGGACGUGGGGACCACCUGGACCGCAAGAUCAUUCUCUGAGCCCCUCGUCCACAGAGACACGUGGGCAGGGAUGGCUUCUGGGCAUCCGUUCGUGGCUCAGGGACCCGGUGAGCCUGGUGCGGGGAGGAGGCACGGAAGCGGGAGAGUCCCGAGGAAGAUGCCUGGCCUCAGGCUCUAUCACUGAUGGCCCCGGGGGGAGGCAGUGGAGACAGGGAGCAGUGCCCACCUUCCUCUCCCCGAAACUCGCACGCCCUUUCCAGGCACACGCAUCCCUUCUCCCUCUCCCCACCUCCCCACCCUUCCCCCUGGCACCGGCUCCUUAAGGGGGAAAGCGGUGAGCAGGUCGUGCCGAUAUCUGUUCCCGUUUGCUCUCCCAGGGUGGGGCGAGCAGCUUUGUGGAGCCCUCUAGACCAGCCGGAUCAUUGCUCUCACUUAUGGGGGCGUCCCGGGUCCUCAGCCUCUCAUACCCUUCUCCAGAAAUAGCCUCUUUCUAUUUGUCCCUGUCCUCUCCUGAUUCGUAACGAAGCUCAGUCCGCCCUCCUCUCCUGGAUUUCUCGCUCUCCGUAUGUACACACGGAGUGUAUACAUAGCUAGGCUUUGGUCCCAGAGCCGCGUCCAGCCAGAGCACAGGGCUUGAUACUGACUGAUGGAAAUCUCCCAUGUCCCAAUAAAGGAAUGUUGGCAAAUUCUACAACCGCCCCUCCCUGCCGCUGCUGCAGCGGCGGCAGUUUUGCUGCUCCUUUGCAAAAUGCCCUUUCCCCUCUCCUCUUCGCUCCCACCCUGGCCCUGUCUGGAAUGUGGCCAGGAGCAAGUAACCCUGGCUAAGCCCCCUCCCAAGUGUGGAUUCCCUUUGUUCUGACUCCUUAACUAUCCUAUAGGACAGGGUGACACGCCUGAUUAGGGCAGAAGGGGCAUACGCACCCCCUGCCUCGGGGAAUGGGCCUCUUCCCUGCCCAGCAAAUGCCCACUGACUCUCUCGAGCAUGGGUGGCUGCCCAAGGGGCUCCCAAAACAGUCCAGGAGAGGAACCCAACCUCAGAAAUCGGGAGUUGCCUGCCAUCUGCCCGUCUCUCCUCCUUCAGCUCUCCUAACUCAGGGCCUUCAUUUUGCCCUGAGUACCUAAUGAUGGUUCCUCAUCUUGGAAGGGCACGGCGGAGCUGAAGCAAGUUCAGAGAAGGACAGUCGAAAUGACUAAGGAGGUGUUGGAGACGCUUCCACCUGAGGACAGACUGAAAAGGUUAGGGCCACGUCUGGUGGGGGCCCGAUCGACAGCUACUCGACCCGGAAAGGGUUGGACGUGGAAGGCCCCGAACUGCCGUUCACCAAACCCUACACGCUGGGAUCAAGGGACAUUUGUUGAGGCCGAUAGAUUCGGAACCAAAGGAAAAAACACUUCUUCAUGCAGCGGGUGGCGCGCGUAAGGUAUUUCUAACCACACCGAGUUGUGCCGGCCAAAAACGUUGGUGGAUAAAUUCACAGAAUAGUAGUCUGCAACAAAAUUUUCCACUAGACGGGAAAUUUGGGGGUACGGAAGGAAAACAUAGGGGAUCAGGGAGUUCAUACCUAUGUCUGUGACCAACCAGCCCCGAUUCUUCCCAGUAUCAUAAUUAGGGUAUUCAGUAAGCACUUACCAUGUGCCAGGCACUGUUCUGAGCGCCGGGGGGGAUACCAGCAAAUCAAGUUGCGUACAGCCCCUGUCCCGCGUGGGGCUCCCCGUCUCAAUCCCCAUUUUACAGAGGAGGUAACUGAGCACAGAGAAGCGAAGUGACUCGCCCAAGGUCCCGCAGCAGACAAAUGGCUGAGCUGGGAUUAGAACCCGUGACCUUCUGACCCCCAAGGCCGUGCUCCAUCCACCGCACUGUGCUGCUUCUCAUUGGCACCGUCAGAAUCCCAAGGCCGGGCUGGUUAGGCCAUUGGUCUGAUCCAGUUUGGACUGGCUUCCGUUGUUGAAAACGGGGUAGGUCGCUUCGUUGCCAUGUUCCAGCUUGCCGAAGGACCUGCAGUCUUGGGAUGUAGUCCUCUUAGGAGAGAAUCACAAGGCAAGGACUCCCUGUCUCUCCCCCACCCCGACCACCCUGUACCGUUCCUUCCCCGGAAUCAGCUCUCAAUAAAUGCCGUUCGUUCACGGUGA